UCUUCGCUUCGCUGAUCGUGAAUCGGAUCUCACAUCACUCAUCGAUCAUCAAGUCUUGUGUCUCGUUGGAAAUUUUUCAUCUAGCGUGAUCUGUCUUUUCGGGUCAACUAUGGCUCAGUUCGAAGCCCAAGAGCACAAUGUAACGGGGCAAAUUAUGACGACCAGGUCCAACGAACCGGCGUCGAAAGGUUGGCAAGCAUUCCAAGUCAUAUUUUGGACGUGGCUGACGGUGGCAACUGUUAUUGGGAAUUCUUUGGUGCUACUGUGUAUUGCGUUGAAAAAGCGGCGAAAUUCGUCCAUGUUUAAGUUUUAUGGAAGCCUCGCUUUAGGAGAUCUGAUUGUAGGGAUAUUUUGCGCUCCUCUUCUUCUGGCUGCAGCAUGCCACCGGCAAUGGAACAUGGGAAACACUCUGUGUUACGCUUACACCACAGUGCUUUCCUUGUCUGUCAAUGUCUCAAUCAUGACUUUGUUUCUAAUCAGCUUGGAUCGCUUAAACUCCGUUUCCAGGCCUUUCCAGUAUAGAGCAAAAGAAACCUUCACACAGCAAUGGGCAGUAUGGCUCAUUCUUUUCACCUGGUUUCAUUCCAUAUUCUGGGCCGCGGCGCCCUUACUGGGUUGGGGAGAGAUCAUCAAAGAUAAAAUUACCAACUCUUGCAAGCCUAACUGGUCAGCGAAAGGCCUAAAAAAUGUUACGUACUCCAUGGGAUUGGCAGCAUUUCCCUUUGCAAUUCCUGUAUUGUCGAUGAUAGUUAUGUAUAUAAUGAUAUAUCGUAGGUCUAAAGUUAGCAAUCGUUUCAUAAGAGAUAGAUCACAGACCCUUGCGGAUGAAGAAAAAAAGAGACGAAAGCAACAAAACGCCAUAUUACGGACAGUGUUAGUAGUCGUAGGUAUGUUUGUGUUGUGUUGGUUACCCUACACCAUUUCUACCACGUUUAAACUGUUCUUCCGCGCCUUUCCACCCAUGUGGUUAGUUCAUCUGGGAUUAAUGCUCGCCACUGCGAACAGCGCCGUUAACCCCGCAAUAUAUUCAGCAUUUGAUAGGAGUAUGCGGGACGAAUUUAAGAGAAUUUUACUCAUAUGUCGCAAAAAACGAGACCCGUUAGAAGAGGAUGGGGUGCGGAGUCGGCGAACCAGCUCAAACCUGGCCACAUGGAACAAUACGAUCACGAGAGUAAGCGAUGAAGCUGUCAACAAGAUCAUUAGCGGCAAGGAUGCUAAGGAGAUGAACGGCAACAAUUUACCAGGAAAACAAACAAUGACAAACUCUUACAACAAUAUGAUCGAGCUGUUCGUAAAGGACAUUGCUCAAAAAGGGCAUUAUCCCACGAGAGAGACUUGGGUAUAAAUGUCUGCGCUGUCGAUGUUUAUAUAUAUCAGCAGCGUUGAAGUACGUUUGCGCAUGUGUGAAAUGGAUAGGCAUUCCCACCGGAUCCUCACUGAAGCCCAUUUUCCAUUGAAUACGCCAACCAGAAAUCACCCGAAAUUCUCGAGAUAUCGAAGCACUUUGACUUCUCCUUUCUGUCAAGCUAAAAGGAGAUGUCACCAUCGUGCGUGCGUGGAGAUGUCACCAUCGUGCGUGCGUGGUCCUCUAUCUCGUCAUUCACUACAACUUGUAUUCAUUUUCACGUAGUUAAGAGUAACUCGAAGGAUUUUUCACGGUGUAUGCCAUCGAUGGCGCCUAUAUCACGAAAAGUUUAGUUUCAUAUUGAAUGUUAUUGGAGUGAUCUGUUAUGUGCAUUUUGUACAUAGCGACACUUACUAUCGCGUAUCAGACAGAGCUAAAAAAAAAAAACACCUUUGCGCGUAACACGAACUUUCGCAAGAUCACGCUCGAAAAACCUUAGCUACACGAUGUAAAAGAAUUUACAAUAAAUUUUAAAGUGGUGAGGGUUUCUGUAUGAAAUGAUGGUAGAAUGAGUAAACUUAGCCCUUACACUGCAAACCGUCCUGAAAAAGGAUCACAAAAUACUUUCGAGCAGCACAGGUAAACCGAGAAGUAUUAGUUCAGUCGCAAAAAUGCAGCAAAAAGCCCGGCGUAUCCCCAGUUUGUCUGAGCAAUACAUUUGCAUACCAGUUCCAGUUCUGUCCUCGAAUCUUUAUUACUUUCCUUAAUUAAAUAGUAAAUAUAAAGUCAGACUUCAAAUUGCCACGCAGACAAAGCUUAACAUUGUAAAUAUUGGUCGGUGUAAAUAAAGGUAUUUAUCACAUCAAUAUUAAAAGAGGUUAAAGGGAAAGUAAUAACGAAUUUGCGAUACGCAAUAGAGUCAUUUGGAAUUACAAUAAAUUGUAAAAAAUUAU